GCCAAAAUGGCGGCGGCCGUUGGCGCUGAGUCCCGCUUGUAGUUCCAUUGCCUUACUACUCCCCUUGCAAAAUGUGAAAGGAGAAGGGGCUGGCGGAGGGGGUGUGUAGGCAAUGAGUCGGCGAAGGAAACAUGGGGACAGCCCUGGCCUGAAGAACACGCCGCGGAAAGCGGCGGCGGCUGAGGAAUGCAGCUCGAUGGUCGAGCCAGGGAAGAGGCGGCUGAGGUCGGCCCGCGGCUCAGAGCCCCGCAGGGCCGGAGAGACGUCUCCCCGGCCCGUGCCGCAACAAGAGCAGCCUCCAGCAGCCGCUUCGUGCAGUAAAAGUAACCCCGAGGAAAGAUAUGAAACACCAAAGAGAGUGCUGAAAAUGGAUUUAUUGUCAUCUACCUUCAGUUCUCCUAAUGAUCCAGAUGGACAAAAUGAUAUCUUUUGGGAUCAAAAUUCUCCAAUGACAAAACAGUUAGGUAAAGGAAGAAAAAAACAGAUUUACACCACAGAUAGUGAUGAAAUCUCACAUAUUGUUAAUCGUAUUGCUCCUCAGGAUGAAAAACCAACAACAAACUCCAUGCUUGGCAUGUGGAUUGGUGCAACUGCUAUUCCUUGUACUCCUAGUGUAGCAAAAGGAAAAUCAAGAGCAAAAAUCAGCUGCACAAAGUUAAAAACACAAAAUCGAGAGGAAGAACUUAUGAAAUUGGCUAAGCAAUUUGAUAAAAAUAUGGAAGAGUUAGAUGUGAUUCAAGAGCAAAACAAAAGAAAUCAUGAUUUUAUCCAGACAAUUGCAGAAGCAGAGACUUUAACUAAUUAUAAAGAUAAUGUACAAAUGCAGUUAUUACAUGAUAUAGGUCCUGAAAUAGAUAAUUCUAUAAUAAAGAAGCCGAUGAAAGAAAACACCAAAAUGUCGGUGGUAAAUGAUCAAAAUAGCAGUCAGAAGCCAUUUGACCAAAAUGCUGAAGCAGCCUUUAAUGCCAUUUUUGAUGGCUCUACUCAGAAAUGUAGUGGACAUUUCAGCCAAGAUUUGUCAGAUGCUUUUUUGAACACAAGUAAUACCAACUUUGAAAAGAAAAGCGCUUUAAAAGAGGAGAAAAUCAUUAUGAAUGAAAUUCUGGUCCCUGAAAAACUGCCAGAUAAAACCCCAGGAUCACUUUUUUGUCAAGUAGACACUCCUGGAAUGACAAAAUCAUGUGUGACUUCUUAUACUGAGAAGCCAGAAGCUUUUCAUAAACACCUUGAUGCAUUUACUACCAGUGAUUUUGAGGAUGAUUGGGAAAACUUACUAAGUAAUGAACCUUUUGUUAUGCAAAAUGUCAAAAUGUGUGAACUUUUCCCUGCUCCUAGAACAGCCCAGAUUGCUGAUCAAAAGCAAAAUUAUAAUUUUAACAAUAAAAAUGAUAAAAAUAAGUCAAGAAUGAAUACAAGUCUAGAUACCAGGGUAAGGGAUUCAAAAAUUUUACAGGAUCUCCCUUCAAAGACAUAUAACAAGGAAUUAAUAGAUUCUGGAAAAUAUGGGUUUUCACUAAAUCCAAACGAUAAACCAAGCAAAUUACCAUCCACUGGAAAUAAAAUGAAAUUUGAGAAAUCUUUCAAUAAAACUGUUGUUCAAGACAAAAUUCAAGACUGUGCAGUUGCGUCUAAUCUGACAAAAGUAAAAGAAGAUAUGCACACUAAAUUUACUUCUAAUGUAAAUAUUUCUGAAAAGUCAACUUUGAACACAGGAUAUUCUAAUGAACAAAAAAAUAAGUCCAUUUAUAAUCAGUCUUUUAAAGCACCUGCUAAUAUAGAUCAUUUUGGCUCUGCAACUUUGGGCAAUGAAACCAGUGUUUAUAAUCCAAAUCAGACUAAUACAUCAAAGUUAGGUUCUUUCUUUGAUGACUGGAAUGAUCCAUCAUUUGCCAAUGAAGUUGUUAAAGCAUGUCAUCAAUUAGAGAAUACCUGGGAAGCAGAUGAUGUAGAUGAUGAUUUAUUAUACCAAGCAUGUGAUGAUAUUGAAAGACUAACUCAGCAACAAGACAUUAGAAAGGACAGCAAGAUAUCAGAAAGUAAACUUGAGAUCAAUAAUAGUUCCAAACAUGGAACCGAAAACAUGUUUACUACAUCUAAAGAAAGUCAAUUGGUGCAGUCAAAGCAUUUGAAUCUGAGCAGCAUUUCAGGGCAUACAUCUUUCACAAAUAGCCCACAAUUAAAUAAACCAGUGAAGAUGGAAAAAGGAGAAAUUUGUGGAAAUUCUCCAAGCUUUUUAGGUGCUACAACUAAUUUAACAAUAUACUCUAAGAACUCAAAUUGUCAGAUCAAUAAUCUACGUUAUUCCUGGAAUAACACUGAUGUUCCAAUACAAGUGAAUAGUACUGAAUCGGUUCUUAUAGGAAAUUCAAGUUUGAAUGUGAGUUCAGAUCAUAGGAAUACAGAAACUGCUACUUACAAGAAGAAAUUAAGUACUCAGCAUCUAUCCCAUAGGAGCACAACAGAUGGAGCUAAGAGUGACCUUAACAGACCAGUUAGAUUUCCUAAGUAUACAUUUACAAAGAUGAAAAAUUCUCAGAUUCUUUCCCAGUUCAAUCAAAAUUGUAUACCAGCAAGUAUUUCUGAUACCAAAAUUACACAGGGUUUGGAGAAAAAUAAAACUGUCAGCCCAUUUUGUGGGAAGACUGUUCAACAGCAGUCUUUGGUGAAACAUUCUGAAUCUAUGGAACAGCCUUCAAAAGAGGAAGAAGAGAAAAAUAAAAAGUAUUCUCCUGAAGAAAUUCAAAGAAAAAGACAAGAAGCACUGGUUCGAAGAAUGGCCAAAGCACAGGCAUCAUCUGUAAAGGCAGCUCCCAUUUAACUUGAUUUCUUUUAUGAAAUAUUAGUUGGAAGAUGUAACAACGACAGUUAAUAGCUAUCUGUGAUAGGAAAUAUUUUUUCUUGAUUUCUCUGUGAGAAAUUUAAUGCUGACUUAUAAAGCAUGGACUUCUUUUUUUUUUUUUAUGGACUUCUAUUUUAUUUAAUAAAUCAAUGUUGCAAUUCAGUGAAACCUUU